CGAGACGUGAUUGAAAAGUUGAAAUCCAGGUAAAAUGCAAGUAAGUGUGUGUACUCCACCACUCGUUCUGAAUUUUGCAAAAGUAUGUAGUACAGCUUGGUACAACACCUAGAUCAUGCACAACAAUGUCGUUGCUUCUUUCGUUGUUACCAUGCUGUUGCUUUCGACCGCGGAAUUCUUCGACAAUCGCGAAAAUGGUUUCCCUUCAGACAAUCGCGACGAUGCGUCCCGCUCAUUUUCCAAAACGCCGAGAAAGCUGCUUCACAAGUCUUCUCGUGCUUUUCUUUUCGACAAUUGCCCCCUUGUGCUUGACCACAUUGCCUGUUUCCGCAAGAAUACAGCUAGCUUCCGCUUCACCGGUAACGCAGAUGAGAAUGGUAGACUCAACGCCAGUGGUGUCCGUUGAUUAAGGCUACCGCUGAAGCAUCCCCAGCAUCAUCCUUGCUUCUUUUCCUACUUGAAGAAGAAGCCAAGGAGGCUCUCAGAGAUGCGAACGCGGUAGCAGCUCUAAGUUGAGCCGAAGCGAAGGUUACGGUCUAGCGAGAUGCGGAUUAUACUGGCAGUCUACUUCAUGCAUGACACCUACAAUGGGGAAGCAAGUUUACCUGAGAAGGAGUGCUUCGUCUGUAUGGUCAACCCGGUCUCUUGCCGCUCAGCAUCUUCCGUUCCUCCAUCUUCAUCUUCAUGUGACAAUAGCAACACACAAGAUGGCCAAUCGAAGUCGAAGAAGAGGCCCACUUCUACUUGUUCAACAUCGAUGUGUUCAAACAAUGCUGCGCCAGUGGAAAGCGAUUCUGAAAGCGGAUUAACACGACAGAAACGUGGUAGUAGCAGUGGCAGUAGUUGUCGGCGUGCAGAUGCGCCUGCUAGUUCUGGAAAUUUCGACACAGAAGAACCAUCUGGGAGUACGGCACAGCUAGAAUGUAGUGGUGGUGGUGGUGGUGCUGCUGCUGCUGCUGCCGCUGCCGCUGCCGCCUCACAAGCGGAAGAGCCCUCGUCUAGUGCGGGACCACAACCACAAUCUGCAGACACUAGUAGGGAGCAUCCCUUGCCGACUGUGCCAGAUGUUUCGGUGCCAGAUGUUUCGACGUUCGACGAACCCAACAGGGCUGAGCCCCCCUCGGACGGCAUCUGUCUGUUGAGCUGUGGGCACACGGUGUGUCGGACUUGUGGCGAAACCCAGCGUCAACAAUCAAGAGGCGUACAGUGCUACGCGUGUCGUCCCAAUGUUCCCGCAGUAGAGUCGGAUCGUGAUUACCGAAUGCUAUUAGGGGAAACUUUUUUGACGAAGCAUCACCAAAGACAUGGCCGUGGAGGCCACCAGCAUUCGUCACGUGGAGACAGGACCCAUCGAAACUCACAAUCGUCGAGACGCCUGAACCGUUGUGAGGUAGCUGACGCCAGAGCAGACAAGUGCAGAUGCCGCGACGAGUUGUGUCCCUGGCAGCUGUGCUUUUCUCGUCCUUUAUCGGUGCAUGAACAUUUGGAGCCGAUACUUCGACUGUUUAUCCAAGAUGGCGAUCAAGAACAUGCAAGGAAGCCUGACGGCGGAGAAACUUCUGAAAAGAGCCGCGAAGCCUCUAGGAGUCCAGAUUCAUCUGGCAGUGCAGAAGUUCUUAUGACCAGCGACCGCCGUUCAGUGUUGUGGCGGAGAGCAUGGGCGUACGUGGCACGCGAGAGACGACUCUUCGACUGGGUCACCGUGGAAGGCAGAGAUCCGUCUGAGUUUCGUGAUGAAAACUUCAGAAGUUUCCUUUGUGGAGAUCAUUAUCGAGCAGGAGAAAGCGACGAGAACUCGUGCUUGUCUCAGUGUUGCUGGCGAUUCUCUUCUAUGUUCAGUGAUCAAGAUCAUGCCUUAAGUUCUGAUUCGACUACUCCUGCGACGAGAGGUGCUGGAUCUUCUUCCCCUACUGCAAAUACUCAAGGUCGCCAACAAGUCGGGCGCAGUGCGCGCCCGCAGGUACUGCAGGCGCGAUCGGUCGUUGCAUUUUUACAGUUUCGAGCGGUCGUAGACCUCCUAGACACUCUAGGUUUCGCGGGCUUGUGCGCUGCGUUGCGGGAAGACGUCCUGAAUGGGGAUCGGAUUUACACGCUAGACCACUUCUGGCGUGCCGCAAACUCGGCUUCUAUGCCAUUCCGCGAUCACGAGUUUUUACACCGACAAAGAGGACAAUCGUCCAUUUUCGAUGCUGCUGACAUCGAAGGAGGAAGUAGGAGGAGGAACCCCACAAUGCUGACGCGACAGAAUCGUCUCCAUAGACUGCUCGCUCAUCGUGCCACCUCGUCAGAGCAGACGCCGCGUGAUGCUACAGUAGAGCAGCCUCGUGGCCUAUCAGCGGCUUGGCGCGCUUUUUUCCUCUUAGACGACAGGACAGGCAGCCCUUCUCAUCCUCAAGCGCCACUCUAUCAUGAGCUUUCCAGCAGAGCCCGCACGACUUCUAGUGGUACUAGGAGAGAUGGCACUAUACAUCCUGGUAGAGGACGAGAUACUAGUAGAGGGCGACGGCACCAUGCAGGUGGUGGCAGUAGUGCUACCAUCAGACACAGUGCUUGGGGUCCUGUCAACACUGACUCUAGUACUUUAGAUAGCAGUGCCACAACUUCAACUGUUCAGACGCCCUGGCAUUCUUGUGUGGACGACCUGCAAUCCACGCUGGAGAGUGCUGCCAGGUGUUGUUUUACGGCCAGUCAAUUACUAUAAUCUGGUGGGAUUCCACCCCUGAUUUCAAGAGGAAACGAGCUGGAAAACUUCAGAAACCACUUGACGCCUCAAGAAGGCGCCAGGACUGCAUCUUGAGCUUCCUUCAUCUUGAGCUUCCGCCCUCUAAAACUUUCACUGUCUAAAACUUUCACUGUCGGCUUGUUUACUCCUGCUUCGAUCACUUCGUAGUUUCGCUACCAUCUUCGCCCACCUAGUUGAGUAAGUAAGUUGAAUACUGCUAAUUUCUGCUGCCUAGACGCAAGUGAGAAUUUCAGCCACGCCUGGAGAAGGCGCAAGGACUGCAUCGGGCAAUCGUGUCUCGAUUUCGGCGCGGCCGUCGGUUCCUGUUCUCAAUACAGCAUCGAAAAACUUCUUCCCGCACUCAUCUUAAGACCACCGCUCAAGCAUCCUCCACGUUAUCCUUGGUACUUUUUCUACUUGGAAUAGGAGCCAAGGGCGCUACUUUUAGGGAUGCCAACGCGGUAGCUCUAAUUAUCGUUGUGGCCAUGGAUGCGGGGUGCGUCAACCUUUUCAUCAGCGCUACGGAACUCUUUUGUGGCAUUCCAGACUGGCUUUCUAGGGUAUGCCUUUUCACUUGCUGCAACGGAUUUCCUACUGGGUGCUACUGUUACGAAUUGUACUUGCAUCUAUUUUGCUGCACGAAUUUCACUUCGGUUGUAAUAAGUACUUGCAUGAUCUGUAUAAUUCCUUCUAAUAUCGUUGCUGCUUGCGGCCUUUUGUGAUGAUGCCCGCCAGGGGGCCAUCGGCGGAUUGGAUCGAGGGACGUAGCGGUGGCGUCUCUUUCUGGGAAACCGUCUUUGUGGAGCCCUGGUGCAUUUUAGCUGAGUGUCCUCUCUCUUGUUGCUUUUUGACUGCGGAUUAAGGCCCCCUAAAAAUGCAAGUAUAAAUAGAAGACCCAGUUGUAGGAGGUUCUUGAAUAGUUUCAUUCUUAAAUAACCGAAGUAUGCAAGUUCUUCCGUUCCGGGAUGGGAAACCGAAAGUAUGUUCUCGUGGAGUAUAACUGCCGUUUUCAAUGGGAAAGCGGAGCCAACCAAGAUGGUAGCGGUAUCAAGAGGAUAGAUUUCGUUUUCCGGUAUCAAAAGGAUAGAUUUCGUUUUCCCGUCUCUAAAAGAAGCAGUUCCGUGAUCGUGAAAGUCUCCUCAGACGGGGUGCCAGAUCGACAGCCGCAUUCGCAGGAAGACACUGUUGUUGCUGUUGCUGCUUCCGUGAUCUGGACAAGCAGAGCGAUAAUGAGAACGACGUCGAAGCAGCAGACGACGGAGAUGCAGGGGAAGAAUCACGUUGCUGUGGUACGUGUCACUGUUGGUGCCUGGCCGCUUGUUGGAGACGGGGUCUCGAAUGCCCUUGCAUCAAACAGCGUAUUCAGUAUCAUCGAAUAUUGCGCGUAGACGAAAUCUGGCCACCGAAAGCUAGCUCUAGGUCUCCCGACGCUAUUCUGAGGGAUGCAGGGGAGGAUAACGAAAAUGGAAAUGGAAAUGCUAGUGGAGGUACUAAGACUAACGUUAAGGCAGCUGUGUUCAGCAUAAUCCAUCGCUUCUAUAAGUGAAUAGGGAACAAAUUCCCGCCUCAAGUAUCGUAUAAGACACAGAGGAUAACAUACUUCUUCAAGGAGGAAGAUCCCCACGGGGAUGAAUCAUUCGCGGUAGCGCUAAUGAGGAAAAGAAUAAACAACGUCGAAAUGUUGAGCCGCAAGAAGGAGCAGAAUAUGACGAGGAAAUUGGAGCUGGGUGUUGUUUUACGCAUCCAGGAAACGAUUCGAAAAAGAAUCAUGACGAAGACGAUUCGAAACUAGACCAGGAAGAUGAUCCAGCGCUUUUGUCCCUUAUGGAGGCCUUUGCGGAUUGUAGGCUAAGUGGUCACCCUGAACUGCUCACGCGGGAAAUAUCACGCAGAACCCUGCCAAGAGGCGUUGCUCGAUUCAUAUUGGAAGGAAGUACAGCCGCAAAACAUUUCUUACAAAAUGUACAUACGGCACUUCGAUGUCGUGCUGCCCUUCACUGAGAUGAAUGUGCUGCCCUUCACUGAAAAAAAAAACUUCGAUGUCGUAGAGGUUAUUCACUGAAAAUGCAAAAUCCUUAAGACCCAUUCAUUCUUGAAUCUCGUGAGUUUAUGGUUUGCGAAUAUAGAAUUGCAAUUUCUUCAUGUCUGCAGAUGGCCUUUUAUCUUGAACACAGAGCAGCCCCCAGUGAGCCAAUUUCACACUCAGGGCUACACUAUGACUGUAAUUUCUCUAUCUAAGUAAGCUUUGCCUUAAAUUGUCUGUUUGCAUGAAUAAAAAUUGAUUUGGAUUUCCGGGACACAGGACCUUGAAAUAGUCCUCCAUCCUGGAGCUGCCACUACAUGUCAUAGUGCAGGCACUCUUUGCGAUUCGGAGUUGAACAUGUUGUCGUGAAUCUUAAUUUUCGGAUGCCUGGGAACUACCAAG